CGCUUCACAGACUCUGUCCCUCGGCUAUAAAUGGCAGCCGCGCUUUAAAAGCUUUUUGCUCACCGGAGGGAGCGACGGCGUCCUCACGCAGAGCGAGGGAAGGAAAACCCCGCGAAAAUCUAGGGUUUUUUUCCGGCUCGAAACCGCAAAAAAAAAAAAAAAAAUCCGAUAUUUAUCUCGUAAUAUCUUCUUCCGUUCGUUAUUUAACGGAAAAAAUCGCCAACCUUUUCUGCUAUCAGUCCCAGCGUCGUCGCUGGAGUUUUCCGAUUAAAAUAGGUAUCUUGUGACAAUGAAUGACUGAGUAGGCAAUAUAAUCAAAUAUUAUUCAGCUAUCAGUUCCCGUUCAAGAACAGCAGGAUUGUUCCCAGGGUCUUUUCUAGUAAAGAGAAAGUAGUCUAGUAUAAGUUAUACAACCAAAAAUCAGCUUGAGGCCAAAAAGUUUGGACCAGAUGGCUCUCAUUUCUGAAACACUUAUUUCAGAGAAACAACAUGAGAAAUCUUUUGUAUCAAGGCUUACUUCUCUAACCAUGGGGCUUUCUGCUGUAUCGUCAGGAAGAACAUACUCGUUACCGGUGUUAUCAGUUUCUGAUUCAGCUACUUCAUAUUCAGAUGAGCAUGUGAUUGACAUGCCAACCACUGAUGGACAAGGACAGAAGCAUAUUAGGCGCUCAUUUUCUGCACCAAUAAGUUUGAGUUGUAGUACAGAGCAUGCAGAUUCAUCAAGACUUGUCCGGGUGAUUCUGACAAGCCCCCAUUCUGGUCCUACUACUGCUGACAGUAUUACACUGAAUAGUGUUAUACAAACAAGUGACGAAUCUGAAGGUACAAGCACUUUCGAGGAAAAGGCAGUCUGUCGAAUUUGUUUAGCCGAUCUUGAGGAGGGUGGGGAGACACUUAAAAUGGAGUGUAGCUGCAAAGGUGAACUUGCACUUGCACACAAAGAGUGUGCCAUAGAAUGGUUUAGCAUUAAAGGAAAUAAGACAUGUGAUGUCUGUAAGCAGGAUGUUAAAAAUCUUCCUACAUCUUUACUGAAAAGGCAUAAUAAUCAGACUGCCAGGAGAUUGCGACUAGAUGCUUCACAGCAAGAUGAAGUUGCUCAAUACAGAGUCUGGCAGGACGUACCGGUUCUAGUUUUGGUUAGCAUGCUUGCCUAUUUCUGUCUCCUGGAGCAACUAUUGGUUACAGAAAUGGGCACACAUGCUCUUGCUUUAGCUCUACCUAUAUCUUGCAUUCUGGGUUUUCUUUCAUCCAUGAUAGCUUCUAUAGUGGUUAGCAGGAGUCACAUCUGGGCUUAUGCAUCAAUACAAUUUCUGAUUGUCAUAUUGUUUGCACAUAUCAUGUAUAAUAUGCUCAGAGUAACUCCUGUGCUUGCUGUCCUCCUCUCAUCAUUUAUUGGCUUUGGAAUCAGUAUGAGUGUGAAUUCUUUAGUUAUGGAGUAUUUGACAUGGGGUGCAAGGCAAUUUCUUCAAUCUGCUCGUCAACAAAUUACAAAUAGGCAGAAUGAACAGUCAAGAGAAAGCCCUGAGACUGAGAAUGAGGACCCUGCUGGACAACAAGAGGCUCAGAGGAAUGCUCAACGCACACAGACCUCAGGAUGAAGGUGAAGUUUGCUUCGGUGUAACUUUAUCUAAGAUUGUCAUAGAAAAUUAUAUCGAGAAAGAGAGCGCUCACCGCCACCCAUCAGCAAGAAGGGCGAAAGAAUGGACGGUUGUGUCUUAAGAUAUGCAGAUUCAGAAGGAAGUGUUCAUUUAGCUCGAAGAGUACUAUAUCUACUGCUUGAUGCUAGAAAUGGAAGUUUUAUUACUUUCCAGUUUGCUGCGCUUCUUUGUCUUUCAGUUUGUAAAUAAUGAUAUGUAAAUGGUGCCCUUAGGAAAUAGGAGUGCCCAACUGCUUGUUUAUCAUUUACAAAUUUAAGGGAUCGUCCUCAGAAACAAGAUUGCAGAUAAGUUGUGUAA